GACGAUUAGAUAUGCAAAUGUGGUGACGUCACGACCUUGCCUGGUACACAAAGUUGGUCGGCAAAUCCGGUGUCGGAGGCCGGAGGGGUCACUGAACUGCGAGAUUUCGCCUAUUUUGGGUGAUUUUUACCCAAUACUGCAGAGUUUGGCCCCAUUUCGCAUACUCUGUAAUGGAAAGCAAGUCAGGCUCUGGCCGCCAGUUGCGGGCCAAACCACCCAAACACUACGACGACGAAGAGGAAAUCGAGGAUGAAAUCGAAGGAAAAAGGACCUUCAGCGUCGAGGAAAAGCUCAAGUCGGAUAGAUUCACCGAAGACUUCGUCGAAUACAUGGACGGAACGGAUUUCGGCUUGAAAUACUUCCAGAAAAACGGCUUCCACAAUCCAAUAUGUUUCAAGAACAAGGAGGGGCUCGGGAUCAGGAUACCUGGUCAGGAAUUCAACGUCAACGACGUUCGACAGUUCGUAGGAAGCAGACGCAUGGUGGACGUGAUGGACGUGAACACACAGAAGGGUAUAGAGAUGUCCAUGCAGCAGUGGACCAGGUACUUCGAGCAGAAGGAGCGGGAGAAACUGUACAACGUCAUCAGCCUGGAGUUCAGCCACACCCGCUUGGAGAACCACGUGGUGCAGCCUGAAGUGGUCCGGCAGAUCGACUGGGUGGACACGGCCUGGCCGCCGCACCUCAAGGACAAACAGACGGAGUCCACCAACGCCAUAGCGGACAUGAAGUACCCGAAGGUUCAGAAAUACUGCCUGAUGAGUGUGAAAGGUUGUUACACUGACUUCCAUGUGGACUUUGGAGGGACUUCAGUGUGGUACCACAUCCUACAUGGAGGAAAGGUGUUUUGGCUGAUCCCCCCCACCCCUGAGAACCUGGAGCUGUAUGAGAAGUGGGUUCUGUCAGGGAAACAGGGAGAUCUGUUCUUCGGGGACAUGGUGAAGAAAUGUGCCAGGGUCAGACUGGAGGAGGGCUACACCUUCUUCAUACCAACAGGCUGGAUCCAUGCUGUGUACACCCCCAAGGACUCCCUGGUGUUUGGAGGAAACUUUCUCCACAGUUUCAGCAUCCCUGCACAGUUCAGCGUCUGGGACAUCGAGGACAGAACACAUGUGCCCAUGAAGUUCCGGUACCCGUUCUAUGAAGAGAUCCACUGGUACCUGCUGGACCAGUACCUCAACUGUCUCACAGGUAAGUCAUAUUUGAACAAGGAGAUUCUGGACAGAGACGACGAAGACCCACAGGAAGCCACACAGCUCAAGGUCAUCUCUGAGAGCAAGGUCACAGAAAACGUCCGAGUCUGCGCAAAGGAGGGAAGAACCACACCAGUGAAGAAGGAACAGGAAGACUUAGAGGACACUCUCGGUACCAGGAAACAGCAAAACGGACACCAUGUGAACGGGGACAAAGGUGAAGAGUCAAAGGUCAAUGGUGGGCCAAGGGUCGGCACAAGAACGCGAAGGUCACGAGUAAGAGGGAUGGAGGACGAGGAGGAGGACAGCAAAUCUAAGGACUCCCUCCCGGAGGAGAGAUCCCAGUCACCAAAACCAGCCAAGUUUGAAAAGAAGUCUCUCAGCCAAUCAGGAAAAGACAAUCAAGUGGAGAAUGAGGUGGAGCAGAAAGAACCGGAGAACGGUAAAACAGAGCAUGCUGGGAGUGAGAAGGCGGCGGGUUCGGGGGAGGAGCGGCCGUACGUCCACCUGACUAAGUACGAGCUGCAGGGCCUGGAGUAUCUGGUGGACAGGCUGGAGAAACAACCUGCCAACAAGAGGAACGUCCCUGACGCACUGACGGAUCCCGACGGUCUGCUGAAGGAUGUCAAGACAUUGUUGGAGGAACACAAGCCGGACAAGGAAGAGGAGUCCAUCACAGGGAAACCUUCUAUCUACUGGCCUCAGUCGGAGAACAGAAUUAAGCCUGUGAAGAAGAAGACCUAUGGUGCCUCCGGCAGCGCCAGCAAACCCAAGAUGAAGUCGGCGACGGGAAACAUCAGCCGGCGGCGGACGCGGUGUCGUCAGUGCGAGGCGUGCACGCGGGGAGACUGCGGGGAGUGCCACUUCUGCAAGGACAUGAAGAAAUAUGGCGGCCCGGGACGCAUGAAACAGAGCUGUAUCAGGAGAAAGUGUCUGAGGCCUGCUCUACCAAACAACGCGUCCUGUAAGGUGUGCGGUACGGACGAUCGUGAUGAUGACAGCGACACGAGUCUGAUGGAGUGUGUGAUCUGUGGGGAGAUUGUCCACCCUGACUGUCUGCAGUGUGAGGGGGAGGGGGUCGUCAACGAGGACCUGCCUAACAGCUGGGAGUGUCCAAAGUGUAGUCUGGAGGGGAAAACUGAAAAGAUGAUGUGCAGGGUGAUGAAGAGACCCCAUGCAGCUGAAGGCAGAACUGCAGACGGCGACAGUCCAACUGGCAAAAAGAGAAAGGAAUCAAGUACAAGUAGCGAAGUGUCCGAUGACUCACCAAAGAAGGGAAGUACAGCUGAGGAAAGCAAGCACCCAGGGAAGAGAGCGAGGAGCAACGAAUCACUGCGAUCAGAAAACAACAGAAGUCUGAAGAAGAAGCGACAUCAUUCCGAGUCCCCCCGACCUGGCACAAGUGACCUUGACAAGGACAAACAUGGCGGCAAGAAGGCCUUCGGGAAGAAACUGUCGGGAGCGGUAAACGGACACAGCCAGCCAAUCACGCUGGUCAAACGGGGCCCACCCAACCUGCGCCGCAGCCCCCGCGGACGGAAAGCACGGCCCCCGUCUCCAGCCAGACCGCUGAAGUUAGAACAGCGAGUGAUCCGUCCGCGACCCAUCAGUCCGCCAAACGACAGCAUGAAGUUGAACGAUGGGACAAACCAUCCACUGCCACGGAAACUGUGGAUGCUGAUUUUCCAGAACCUGGCCAACAAGGAACUGUGCAGGUGCCUGGCCACAUGUAAGACCUGGAACCGUUGGGGGAAUGACCAUCGUCUGUGGAAGGUCAUUGACCUGAGCUACGCCCGGACGCUCAACCCCAGCGUGCUGGAGGGUGUGGUGCGGCGCCAGCCCAUGACCCUUGACCUGAGCUGGACCAACGUGCCCAGAAGACACCUGAGUUGGCUGAUUCAGAGGCUGCCCACCCUGAAGCACCUGGUGCUGUCGGGCUGUGCGUGGUCGGGAGUGUCAGCCCUGUGCACCUCCACCUGUCCCCUGCUGCGCUCACUCAACCUGUGCUGGGCCGAGGGCAUCAAAGACUCCACCAUGAAGGACCUGCUGUCCCCACCUGCUGACCGACCGGGGGCUCCUGAUAACAGGAGCCGUUUGCGGAUGAUGACUGACCUGCGGUUGGCCGGCUGUGACGUGGCAGAGGGAACCAUCCAGCUGCUGGUCAAACACAUGCCUCACCUCAGUCACCUGGACCUCAGCUACUGUACCAAGAUAAGUGACAGUUGUAUGGAACUGCUGACUGCAGAGGGGUCGCCCAUCCGAGAGUCCCUGACAGACAUCAACUUGACGGGCUGCCGGAAGCUGACAGACGACAGCCUGAAACUGCUGAGUCACUGUCCUAACGUCCUGAAGGUCGACGUGCGAUCCUGCGCCCAGGUCACCCCGGAGGCAUGCCAGCAGUUUGCCUGCGGCAGGGAUGAGCCAAUGGCUAUCAAGGAGGACAAGCUGAUCAUGCUGGCACCCUGAAGGGUGAGGGUUGGACUGCAAUCCUGCAGUAGUUGGUCUGGGAGCUAGGAUCAUUUUAGUGAUGCCCGUUUUUGAUAUGUUCCAUGAUUAUUUUGUCUAAUUAUGGUGGUUGUAUACCGAUGUUAUUUGUACGCAAAGAGUUGACUGUUUAUUAAAGCCCGUUGAACACAGUAUUUCCAGUUCGUCACAAGUUGGGUUUCUAGAAAAGUUUUCCACUGCAUCUCCCUCCUUGAAAAAAAGUCCAAAGAUUUUGCCAUCAGCAAUACAACACAUGACAAACUCUUCAACAUUUAUCUCAAAAAGGCUCUGUCAACUACCACUAAGUAUUAGUGAUUGCAAGUCAUUUUUUCUGUCACUGACAGUUUUGACAUUUUGAUGAUCAUCUCAUCAACUUUUUUUUAUAACUUAUGUAUUCUAAGACAUUGUACGUUACAGAGAAUACUACAGGAAUUUGAAACAGUUCCAAAUAUUCAAAGACAUUAUCAACACACCACCCAUUCAGUGAUCCACCCUGUCUGGAAAAUCUGUGAGUUACGAUAAAGUACCAAGGUGACUCUGUACAAAUCAUCAAUGCCAUUGUACAAUCCCUGAAGAUGUAAGAGUGUACAUCCAUGGCUGUGGUAGCCAUGAUACAUAUCAUGCCCUAACUGCACUCAUCUUCAAAGGGAAGAUCUCUCAACAUUCACUAUACAGCAAAACAUGUCUAUUUCAGUGGAUGCAGAUAGAUGACAUAGAGAUAUGGAUCUUAGUGGCAUCAAUGUGUAUGACAUACAGAUAUUCCAGGACUGUUACAACACUGAAAAUAGCACAUCAUUGCAGUAUUGAAGAUUCAGACUUCCAAAGGUGCUUACCUGUGAAAAGGUGCUUCAUUUUGUAUCAUAGGUUACUGUUGAUGUUGUUGACGUUGUACAUCAACACAAUAAGCGUUAAUGAUAAGGGAUGUACAAAAAGAUGUUCUUUGUCGUUUAGACAUUUUUGCUUGGGUUUAGUGUUUUGAUAGAUUGAUUGGAUGGUAGAUUGGUGUAGUUGCCUUGUUUUGUUGUGAUCUACCCUUUAUACACAGGAUUUGAAUAGAACUACCCACCUGUUGGACUAGCUCCACACUUCUUCAGUUAUGGUUCUCAGAAUUUAAAGAAUUGUACACUUUGUGAUGACUCUGAGUAACUUUGUAGCAUGAUCAGACACACAUGGGACUGUACAGGUAUAUCUUCCCCCAACAAGUCAUGUCAGGAGCAUCUCUGAAAUAAGGUUCAUUUUGAGAAAUGAUGUUUUUGAUUUAUUAUACCUGUGAUAGUCGCCGAUGCGAAAAGCGGAAGAUUUAGAACUUUAAGCUGUAGAUAUCACUUCAUGAGUUUUAUCUGAUCAAAUGUCCUUAUUUCCGUUACUACCUGUUUAUACCAAUGUUAUACAUGUAAAGUUUCUGUUUGCCUGUCGUACACAUUACAGAGUUUGUCUCCAAAUGUAGUGUUUGAUAUGUAUCUUGUACAAAGGUGUGCCAUGAUUGUAAGGAAAUGGCGAAGGCACACAUGCCAGUUCUUGUCUGUAUGUUUUUUCCAAAGAACUGAAUGUUUUGUACAGAGUUUGUCUGUUUAUUGCUGUGCCAGGUUGUGAACUGUAGCUGGCUGUAGAGUACCUUAUGAGGAUGAUGUAAGUUAGCUUAGCUACAGUCGUUUUGGACACAGAAGUUCCAGUAACACAUGUGUUAACAGUUCAAACACUCCAGCACAAAAUACAGUAUAACAGGUUUCAGUUUUCACACCAAAGGGAGGAAAAAAACAACCCUUGUGUGUUCUAUGAAUGCACAGUACCCCCCUCCCCCAUUUGUGACAUUAGGAUACAUUUCUAUAUCUAGGAGAAACACAUGUACAUCAGUUUCGAAAGACUGUAAAGAGAUGUUGAGUUCCUGCAGUGUUCUGUGUGCUGGUGUAAAAGAUGCUGUGGUGAACAGUAGACUAUUUCCUACUUUGUGAAACAUUUUCCAACAUCCAGGUAAAUCCAAGAAGCAUUUGUCUGUGAGAACAGUAACGUUAAAUCUUGUUGAUGUAUAAAAGCAGAAACAUGUUUUUUUCAUGGUUGCUGAAGUGAUGACUGUGAUGGUAAAAGAUUGUGGUCUUCACAAAUGUCUUUCAAGAAAAGUGUAGGCUAGAUGAUACUUCCUAUAUGGACAUCAUAAGACCACAGAUCAUUCUAUGGUUCAAAUGUCGACAGUUCUUAUGAUGAUGUCUUGUAAGCCAUGUACAGGUAGUUGUUUCUACAGAUAAGACUUUCAAAGGUUGGUUACGCUUGUACUUAUGAUUGAGCUUCUGUGUUAGUUGUCUUGUGACAUGCUUGAGCACAUUGCAGCUGCAGUUAGCCAAGCAAACGUACAGUGGCGCUGUGACAUGGCUGAAAGUUGAGAGUGAACAUUUUUGAAAGACCAGAUACAGUGUUAAGAGGGUAACUAGACCCAGCAUGGCUUAAAAUUGCAACAUUCUGAAGGAGCCAGCUUAGCUAGUCUCAAGAAUGGUUGGAGAGAUUAUUAUGAAGAAAUAAGGAAGAGCCAUGUGUGGUCACAAGACAUCUAACACAGAAUCUGUCACUAGUUAUCAUCACCAGGCUGUAACUGUUACGGUUGUUCUUAUGCAUGAACAUUGUUCCAACACCGUCUGACUUUGUGUUUCACACUCCUAACAACACUAGGAGAAGGUGGUAGUGGUUACGUUGAUUCUGAAUGGCAAUCAUUCUCUUUUUUAAAACUUGACUUUGAACUUUUUACUGCCGAUCACUUCUGAUUCUUGUUUAUCGAUAUACCUCAAUCGUCACUUAUUUAUUAUUCUCAUCUGAACGGUGUUGAAUUUUGAGUGUUGUUCCUUUCUAUUAUAAAUAAAGGAAGUGACUUUACGACUGUUCUUUCAAA